AUGGGCUCCGUCACCGCCAUCUGCACCGACAAGACGGGCACUUUCACGCCGAACCAGAUGAAGGUGACGGAGUUCUGGGUCGGCUCCGACCGACCAAAGCAGGUGGAGGUCACCAGCGCCGUCGCCAGCUUGCUGCGCCAGGGAGCAGGGCUCAACACCACCGGAAGCGUGUACCCAACGGAGAAAGCACUUUUGUCUUGGGCCGUGGCGGACCUCGGCAUGGACGCCGACACGCUGAAGAGGAGCUGCAAGGCGUUGCACGUUGAGGCGUUCAACUCCGACAAGAAGCGCAGCGGCGUGAUGAUCAGGGACAACGCGACCAGCAAGGUGACCGCGCACUGGAAAGGCGCCGCGGAGAUGGUCUUGGCGAGCUGCCCAGCAUGGCCAUCAGGUGACCGCAUUUUGGAGGCCUGCGAAGCCUGCUGGGCUAAAGCGGAAGCCCGCAGACACCGGCAGGCCCAAAGCAUCAGCAGACUCACCCACUGUCCGUCCGUCCAGCACCCAAUCCACCGCUCGCUGCCUCACUACUCGCCUAGGGUUAGGGGCUUUGGGGGCGGGCGGCCGGUGGCCGGCGAGCGCGCACAUCUCCGAGGACUGGGUGCGACCGGCGCCGUCUCCACGUUUGCGGAGGGCACGGCCGCACGGAGGCAAGAGCUGCGGAGCACGGGAGGCGGAACGCUGGGCGACCACUGCGGCACCGCCGGAGGACGGAGGCAGAGCGCGUGCUGUGGCCUGCGAUAUGCCACUGCGUCCGUACCAGCUAUUCCUUGGAAGGGUUUCAUUUUUUUCAGUCAUAGAUUGUGGCGUCAAGCUUUGAAUAUCUGGAGGGAGUCCAUGCUGCUUUUGUUUAUGAAUAAACAAAUUUCUUCCAUAUUCCGAAGUGCAGGCAGCAGAUCUCGGACUGCUUCAAAGUUCUUGUCGCCCAUUUGUUCCUUGUAGAGCUUGUCGUAAGCUAGUUUGAUAGCUUCUUGCCGUGGUUUGAUCAUCACUGAUCUGACUAUAUCAUCGUAGCUCCAUGAAUAGUUCAGAGCUUAGACUUAAAGUUACCAAUAAUGGUGGUUCAAAAUUAGCUGCAGGAUGUCUUGUGUGAGUGUGCCCUGUUCUUAUUAUCUUAGCGUGGUACUGUGGGAUUAGCACCCUCUGUUGUUUAACUUGUUUCUGAACACUGAACGUUUCUUCAGUCAUGUUCAUCUUUACUGACAAAGCAUGGGAGAUCAAUCUUUUAUGCCAGCGGCUCAGGACCCUUUUA